GAUAAGUAUGCACGUUUAGUGUGCGAACGGGACGGCGUUUAGACUUUCAGCCAUCAAUUCAUAACCAUCUUUCUUUCUUGUGCAACUGUUUCUCGUCGGUCGUGUUCUAGGAUCUAGUGCUAACACAGGAUGGACGCCAUUCGUGCGAGAUAAAUUGUGGCAUCGCUCGCGUAGCGACAGUGCGUGCAUCGGUGGCGGGCGUGGAGUAUGCUAUAUGUGUGACUGGUGCGUUCGGGUGGCCUCGGUGCGGUGCGGAGUGUGUGGAGUGUCCGGGGAGAGCAGAACGGUCACAGCGAGGACUCAGCAGACCGGCGGGCCGGGUAGGCUGUGUGGGGAGGCAUGGCGGGCGCGAGCUGAUCGGGCAGUCGCGGCGUCCGCUCGCGCUCCGCCGGCCUCAUGCGAGCGCCGGAGGUUUUAUGGGUAUUUGCGUGAGCUGCCGGCGCCGCGAGCGAAAGGCACCCGAAAAGCGUUGGGUGCCAGGAGCGGGCGGGCCCGCUAAGGGCGCGGCGGCAGAGUUGCUACCGCGGCGCGUCCACCUGCCAGCCAUGGCAAACUCCAUUUCCAACAUCAAAAUGACCAACCCUAUCAAGGGUAUAGUGAGCAGGCGUCGAAAACGAUAUGUAAAGGACGGCUUCAAUUUGGACUUAGCAUAUAUAACAGAUAGGCUGAUAGCCAUGGGUUUUCCCGCUGAGAAGCUGGAGGGAGUUUACAGGAAUCACAUAGAUGAAGUCUACAGGUUCCUGGAGCAGAUGCACAAAGAUCACUAUAAGAUAUACAACCUCUGCGCGGAGAGGUCAUACGACUCCAAUAAAUUUCACAAGAGGGUGGAGCGGUUCGCGUUCGAAGACCAUGCACCGCCGAAGAUAGAACAGAUCCGGCCGUUCUGUGAGAACGUCCACGAAUGGCUGAACAAAGAUUCGCGGAACGUUGCUGCUGUACAUUGUAAAGCUGGAAAAGGACGAACAGGAACCAUGGUGUGUUGUUAUCUCCUGUACAGCGGUCAGAAGGCGACGGCGGACGAGGCAUUAAAGUUUUACGGGAUAAAAAGAGCUCAUGACGAAAAAGGCGUGACGAUCCCGUCGCAGCGGCGCUACGUGGAGUACUUCGCGGCGCUGGUGCGCGGCGGGCUGUCGUACCGCGCGACGCGCGUGCACGUGCGCGAGCUGCUGAUGUCGCCGCCGCCCGCGCUGACGGGGCUGCAGGCCACGCUGGAGCUGAGCGUGUCGCAGGUGGAGCCGCAGUUCAAGGCGCCGCUGGGCGCGCACGAGCUGCGGCGCCACGACAGCGCGGCGCGCGUGUCGCUGGCGGCCUGCACGCCGCUGCAGGGCGACGUGCGCGUCGACGUGUACUACAAGCCCAAGAUGAUGAUGCGCAAGGAGCGCCUCUUCCACUUCUGGUUCAACACCUUCUUCGUCACGGCCUGCGUGGGCGCCACGCCCGUGCCGGCGCCGCACGACAGUCCCAACUUAGAAACGUUCAAGCUGACGCUGGACAAGUGGCAGUUGGACGACGCGCACAAAGACAAACAACAUAAAUUAUAUAGUCCCGAUUUCAAGGUGGAACUAAUAAUCCAGAAGCAGCCGGAGUCGUCCACGUUCAGCACGCAGUCGAUCCGAGCGCCCUCCACGCCCUCCACCGCCUCCUCCUGCUCCGACGCGGACGAGCACUGGGACUCCGGGGCGGGGUGCGAGCGCGUGGGGCGCUACCGCCCGCUGUCGCCCGACAACAACGCGCACACGUGAAUCCACGUACUUGUGAGGGUGGCACGUGGGAUCAGUGACCUCCGCACCUAUACAUUACCGCUUACCCUCCGCCGUACGGCAAAGGCUCGAACUCGGUGCCGUAAAGACUAAUUUCGUUUGGAGCCUUUACCGUAGUGACUUUGCUAAACGAUUAGUGUUCUAUGUGUGUUUACGAUGUGUUUAUAAGUAAUUGUACGGGCUGUGCCGUCGUCCCGGAUUCUGGAACGUUCGGGCUCCGAACCGAUGUGAUAAUAUCGAGUGCUGAACGAUUUUAUUGCCCAGGCUGUUGCGCGAGUGCGGACGUAGAGACCAGAGUAGCGUGUAACGAGUAUACUUUGAAGUGUGGCCGUUUUUUCUUCUGUCGGUACCCAAAAGUUAAAUGUGGUCACAAUGCUCUUAUUGUAAUCAAAACUAAUUCUUAUGACUGAUUGAGUACAUUGAUUUAUUAUUAAAUUGAUUACGUUUUUUUUUAUUUAGGUAGCCAUUGCAAUUUUUCUAACAUAUAGAUUCUAUGGGGGACAAAGUUUUUAAAUUUCGAAUCAAACAAUCAUUCAAUCCCUUCCCAUGAUAAAUAGAACAGUUUUUGUUUUGAUCAUAUCUUACUGUUAUUUAUUUUUCGCAAUUUGAAAUUUAAAUAUCGAAUAUUAAUUUAAAAACAUUGUUCCGUUACAUAUUUAUUACUAUUUAUAGUUAAUAAAGGCCAGUGUCGAAACGACUACGAUGUCGUUCACUUACUGUAGGUAUUCAGACUUUAAACAGCGUUAAUAUUAUUUUUAUGUCAAAUAUGAUUGAAAACUAUACAAGAGAAUGAAAUGUUAGCAUGUCGAUCUAAAUUUUUCAUAAAAUUCAAUAGAAGGUAAUGAAGUUAUGGCCUACGUUUAUGACAACACUAUAUAGUGAUAACAUUUUUUGAUCUUUCAGUCUGUGUUAAAGGAAAUAUGGAACCAAUUAUCUGUGGUGCUCCUUCGUCUUUGCAUCCUUCACGUAAAAAAAAAAAAAAAAACAAAAUCUUUUAUAAUCUUUUACAAGUGUCAACUUCCACUGGCGAGUUAUAUAAUAUAAGCUUCAAAUACAGUACAAAAUACUUCAUACAAUAACUAACCAAGAAAAUAAAAUCUUUAGGGUUUUUUCGAAUUUCUUAGGAAAUAUCUCCAUAUAGAUUUUUUGUAUUGCAUAAUUUCAUUAGUUUUUUUUUUUUAUAACUAUUUUAUAGUGAAAUACAAUGCCGUUCGGCGAGGCAGAUGAUCCCACCAUAGACCUGUCGAUGCACUAAUUUCAACUAAAGUAACAAUAUAUCGAAGUCUUGUAAUACAUUUUUAUACUUGAUUGUUUAACUUGCUGGUUUAUUUGUUAUUAAUGCAUUGAACUUAAGGUCCAAAUUAGUUUGACUUAGUUCCGAGUAGGACAGUUAUAUUGUAUAGAUUCGAAGAUCUCAACAACUGCCAUCUUUUUAGGCUACGUCACUGUGCACCUUGGGAUUUUUUUGGUCAUACAUAACAAUAUUAUGUAUACAAUACUUUAGAUCACAUUUAUUUAUAACAAACUCUUUUUAUUUAAUUAAAUUCGAAUUCGAAAUACAUAAAAACAAUAAAACUACUAGGCUUAAAUAAUUAUAUUUUUUAUUAUUAUUAUCGCAGCAGAAAAUUCCCAAGUGCACACGUAAAUAAGUAAAAUUACCAAAACCGUUAGCGCCUUUUUUCUAUUUCCCCCUUUCAGCUUUAUGAAAUUAAAUGAAUUCUAUCCAAAGAUCCAAUAGUACUUAUAGUCUUUCAAUAUAAUAUCCAUUUAAAAGAUUUGCCUAAUUUAUAAUUAAACUUUUACACAAACAUUAAAUAUAUAAUUCAAUUUCUUAUGAAGUUGUACAAGAACUAAUAAUAAUAGUAUAUAUUUUUUUAAUUUAAGUUUUAUAAAAUUUGUACGAGUUCUCAUGAAAAUAUAAUAUUUCUUCAAUAGAUUCGAAAUUCAAAUACAAAGUAAAUAUCAUAUAAAAUAUAAAUAGUUUAGGGCUGUCAGUUAAUACAUGCUUUACAUAAAAUGCAGAUUUUACUUGAUGCGAUAAACUAUAUUUUAUUUCAGAAUGAUCCAAUAACAAUUACCCCUAUUAAAAAAAAAAUGAAUUUUAAAUUUUUAUUUCCAGAAAUAAGGUAUUUGACAGCCCUAAUUAACGAAACAUUCAAUUAAAUUAUGUUCAAGAUGUUUGUAAAAUAUUUCAUUAAAUUUACAUCUCAUUAUACAGUUGUGUUACAGUGGCCUGUUAAGAUCAGAUAUUGAAAAUGAUGAAGAAAUUUAAUUCUCGUGCUCGGUUAUUUGUUGCAAAGAUGCAAAUGCAGAAUUAAUCGGCAUAAUCAAUCUAAUCUGUGAUCAAAAUAAUUUUACAUACAUCAGCUAUUAUUCCGUUGAUUCCCCAUUGAUAUCCUUACUUGUUGACGUAGAAAACCUUAAUGUUGCCAGGAUAUCAACUUUACCUUACAUAUACAUUACAAGCGGCAGAAACGCAAGUUCGUAAAAAGCCCGAGCCCAAAGAGGUUUUACUUAAA